AUGGCUCAACACCCAUCGCGUUGUGUCUCCCUCUCUGAAGUUGUCAUGCUGCCAUCUCCCUCUCCUUCACUCGUCGUACCUCUGUUUCCAUCCCUCAACCCUCCUCCUCGCCACCCGUCAGUGCCGACUGUCAGCCACGUUCAGCAUUUGCAGCACCGUGGUAUUGAUGGUGGUGCUCUAUGGCCACGCUUUUACGAGGGUGUCCACUUACUUGAAAUUUGGCCACGCUUUUUUACUGCCACGCUUGAAAAGCGUGGUGAUAGAGGGAAAUCGGCACGCUUUUACAGUGGGUGGCCACUGAUUAAAAAUUUGGCCACCCGUUUUUUUGGCACGCUUAAAAAGUAUGGCCAUAGAAGGAAAUCAAACCCAACCCUUCAUCGCACCCAGAAAACCCUAACCUCCAUCACGCCGCCAUCUAUCUCACUGGUUCGUCGUUGUGUUCGCCAGCUCGCCAUUCCUCUUGCUGUCCUUCUCGCGGUUCUGGUCGUCGUGCUGCUCGCUUCUCUCUGUCGCGGUUCUGCUCGCCUCUCUCUGUCGUGGUUCUGCUCGCCUCUCCCUGCUCGCCUCAUCCCCUCCACCGUUGCAGUCCCUGGCUCACCCAUUCCUUCCCUCGCAGUCACACCGGCCGUCGCCCGUAGUCCUCCGCGGAACUCGCCCGUCACUCGAAGUCGCACUCCGAAGCCGUCGCCCGUUGUCCUCCUCGGAACUCACCCGUCGCCCGUUGUCCUCCGUGAAUCUUGCAGCCGCUAUCGUCCUCCGCGGUACAAUGCAAUAAACAGUCGUAUUCCUCUACAUCCUUCACCCAGCUCUCUGAAACUCUGCAUCUAUUUUUCUUAUUUGCAGACAACAGCGUUAAUGUUGGCAUUCAGUGAACAUCUUCGAGAUAACUAUAGUCUUGCUACUUCUGAUGUGGAAAACAACACCUAUUACGUUGAUUUUCCUGGCUACUAUGAUGCCCUGCUUAGACCCUCUGGGUGUUCUCUCCUUUGGUUGGAACUUCGGAAACACACCCGUGAUUUUUGGCUCAGCAAUUCUUGGAUUCUUGCUUCAGUGGUUUGGUGCUUUAGCAUUAGGGUCCUGACAGAAGGAUCUUCUUGCCAGACGGUCUCUUGUAUGAUCUAAGGGAAGGAGGUUUAAGAGGGGUAGAGGAAGGAGGAACAGCAAAGGAAAUAGAAUUUAAGUUAUUUUUUUCAGUUUUUAGUUUUAGAAUUUGAACUUGAGAUUUAUUUUGUAUUUGAGUAUUAGUUUUUUAAUGUAUAAAAUAAUUAUUGCAAAAAUUAUGUCACUAAUUAUUGUUUGAUUUAUCUUGUACUAAAAAUUGCAUACUAUAUUUGUAGGUUUGGUAAUAAAAAAGGAUUGAAAAUUUA